UGCUCGCUAUCGCACAACGAACUACGGAGUGCUCCGGUGAAAAAGUCUUCAAAUCAUGUGAAAAGGACCCGAAACGCAGUGAAAACAGCACGAAAUGGCCACACAGAAGCCAGGCGAGUGGGCCAACUCACUGUUGGCCCGCUUUGAGGAGCAGCUACCAUAUCGUACUGGUCCACAUGGAACGCAAGCACGGCUCAGUAUAGAUCAGACCAUGACCUGUCUGAUCCAAAUCUCACGCUAUCGUUUUUCGCUGGUCAUCUCCGGCCUAACCAAGAUGCUGCAACGGGUCAACGAAAUUUUUAUUAUUUUGCAGUUUCAGCCACCGGCCUGCCGGGGACACGAACCGGAGCGGUGCUGCUACGAUUCGCUGAUUAUCAUAUUGGAAACGCUGGAACGAUGCCUGUCCGGGCAAUCCAAGGAUACGGCCCGAUUCGAAGAAGCAAUGAACGUGAAGCUCCUACUGCGGGAAAUUUGCCAAUUUAUUGAUAUUCAAAACGAAAACAACCAGAAUGCGGCAUCUCUCAAAGGGCUCGCCUCGAAAGUACUAUACGCACUAUCGCAGAAUCAUUUCGGUGCCGUGUUCAAUCGAAUCUCAGCUCGCUUACAGGAACUGAGCACCUGCUCCGAGGAGAAUCCCGACUACAGUGACAUUGAACUGAUUCAGCACAUCGAUCUGGACGUAAAUCGUCUCACCAAACUGCUUACGGAAACCAUCCAAAAGUUUAAAUCGUUGAAAAAGUCUGCCCACUUCAUACUGUUGAACUCUCUGGAGAGAGCCCUUUGGAACUGGAUUGAGUUCCAUCCCAAAGAGUUUGAAGAUUUGCAGCGUAACCCCAACGAAGAACUGUCCAAAGGAUGCGAGUCAUUCUUCGACAUUUUAGACUCGUAUGCAGAAAACAAAAAAGCGCGGUCAGCAGUGUGGCCACUGCAAAUACUGCUGCUUGUUCUGAGUCCAAAAGUUUUGGAAGAAAUCGUAAACGCAGACUCCGGGGCUCCCUGCUCUCCGAGGCAUUUGAAAAAGAAACAUUUUAUGGAGGGUAUCAAGAAGGGUUUGGGAGCGCAUGCCUCAUCCAAACAGUCCACCGAAUCGGCCGCUAUUGCAUGUGUUAAGCUAUGCAAAGCUUCCACCUACAUCAAUAUCAACGAUUCGAACAAUGUCACCUUCCAGUUGGUGCAAAGUGUUAUCAACGAUCUGAAAGCAUUACUUUUUAAUCCAACGAAACCGUUCUCCCGCGGUCAAGGAUACAAUUUCCAGGAUAUUGAUUUGAUGAUCGACUGCUGGGUGUCCUGUUUUCGUAUAAAACCACACAACAACGAAGCGCUGAAGGUUUGUCUCAGCCUAAACUCACCGCCUGCAUAUCAUUUCGUGAUUGUCAGCUCGCUGUUGAAGAUUGUCACCCAAGCUAGGCUGCCAUGGUGGCCUCAGAUUGAUCUAGUCUACGCCCGAUCUGGAGAGCUACGUGCGCUAUUCACCGACACGCUGAACAAAGCUACUCAAGGCUACAUCGCCCAUACUCCAUUGAGAAUGAUCACUUCCUUAACGCUGAAAUCUAAAGACGCUCAAAGCCGAUUAACACGUCCCGAUGAAGGUCCCGCCCACAAGGCCCUUCUCCUGCUAAUGGUUCGUCUCAUUCAUGCAGAUCCGAUGCUGUUGUUGAACAGCCUGGGAAAAGCCGGGCACGAGGUACAAAGCUCUACGCUGGAGUUGAUUAACGGGCUGGUUUCCCUCGUUCAUCAACCAACCAUGCCGGACGUGGCUCAAGAAGCGAUGGAAGCCCUGUUGGCACUCCACUCUCCAGACAAGAUUGAAGUGUGGAAUCCCGAAGCCCCGAUCAACACAUUCUGGGACGUCAGUUCGCAAGUUCUGUUCUCAAUCUCCCAGAAACUGAUUCAGCAUCAAAUCGCCAACUAUACGGACGUUCUGAAGUGGCUACGGGAGAUCCUAAUCUGUCGCAAUACUUUCCUUCAGCGUCACAAGGAUUAUGCAAACGUUGGUAGUCAAAUUGCCAUCUGUCGACAGGCCCACAUUAAACUGGAAGUUGUGUUCUUCAUGUAUCUCUGGUCGGUAGAUUUAGACGCCGUUAUGGUGUCACUGUCCUGCUUUGGCCUGCUCUGCGAAGAAGCGGAAAUCCGCUCCGGUUCCGAUGAACUAACCGUUGGAUUCAUCUUGCCAAACUAUCAUCUAUAUCAGGAAUUGUCGCAUACUUCCAGUACACUUACCACGCAGAACGUCGAAUCUCGGUACAAUUUCUACGAGCACACUCAGGGCAGGGCAGCACUUCAGAAGAACAUCAUGUCUCUGUUGAGAAAAAUCGAACAUUGCGUCAACGGUGUUCAACCGGCGUGGGAGGAAACGUUCCGCAAUUGGGAAGUCACCUCUAAAUUGCUGCAGAGCUACCCGAAAGGAAAACCCGAGGAAGGUCAAGCGGAGGUGUUCCACAGAAGCAUGGGUAAACGACGGGCCAGUCAUCAAAGCUCGGAGCACGAUCUCGAGGAGCAAAUCACCGAGUGGGGCAACAUGACUUGGUUUCUGCUGGCUCUCGGAGGAGUUUGUCUGCAGAAGCCUCGUAACCAACGAUUGACGCAGAGUCAAAUGUUGCCCAUAGGGGUCAGCGGCCCAUCGUUGAUGCAAUCGACGACUUCGUUGUCCAGUUCCAGUUCCGGUCGAGGUUCGAUGCACCCGAUAAUGGGAUCGUUGGUUUCAUCAAUGGGUGGCGGUAGCCAGGAAGUCCAGUACUGUCCGGUAACCCAAUUCAUAGGACAGUUGCUGCGGCUGUUGGUUUGUAAUAACGAAAAAUUUGGGCCACAAAUUCAGAAGCACGUGAAAGAGUUGGUGGGACAAGAGAUGUCCGCUCAACUGUACCCGAUUUUGUUCGAUCAGAUCCGGUCGAUUGUGGAGAAGUUUUUCGAUCAACAAGGACAAGUUGUGGUAACGGAUAUCAAUACCCAGUUCAUCGAACAUACAAUCUACAUCAUGAAAUCUGUGCUGGACGGUCGUCAAAGCAAAGAUCAAAACGAUCAGCCGGCGAAUGCCGAGCACCUUGGAGUAACGAGCAUUGAAAACCUUAUGCUGGCGAUCGUACGAUAUGUGCGCCAUCUGGAUAUGACGGUGCAUGCAAUUCACAUCAAGACAAAGCUCUGCCAACUGGUUGAGGUUAUGAUGAAGCGACGUGAUGAUCUGGCUUUCCGACAGGAGAUGAAGUUCCGCAAUAAGUUGGUUGAAUAUCUGACCGACUGGGUUAUGGGGACAUCGCAUCAGAUUGCACCACCAAGUUCGGGAGACGUAACGAUCAUAACUCGCGAUCUAGAUCAAGCUUGUAUGGAAGCAGUGGCAGCACUUCUCCGUGGACUACCCUUGCAACCGGAGGAAUCCGAUCGGGGUGAUCUGAUGGACGCCAAGAGUGCUCUCUUCCUGAAGUACUUCACAUUAUUCAUGAAUCUCCUGAACGACUGCGUGGAUGGAUCCGAGGCAGACAAGGAUACGAAUAAUCCUCCAUUGCUUCCGCCUCGUCCUCGCGUUGCUGCUGGGAAACUGACCGCACUACGAAACGCAACCAUUCAAGCGAUGUCAAACCUUCUCAGUGCCAACAUUGAUUCCGGUUUGAUGCAUUCAAUAGAUCUGGGCUACAAUCCGGACCUGCAAACCCGGGCAGCUUUUAUGGAAGUUUUAACGCAAAUCCUUCAGCAGGGUACGGAGUUUGAUACACUCGCUGAGUCGGUGAUGGCUGAUCGUUUUGAACAACUGGUCCAACUGGUUACCAUGAUCAGCGAUAAAGGAGAACUACCGAUCGCCAUGGCUCUUGCUUCGGUCGUUACUACAUCGCAAAUGGACGAACUCGCCCGCGUUCUGGUGACUCUAUUCGAUGCCAAACACUUGCUAUCCCCAUUGCUGUGGAACAUGUUCUACCGUGAAGUUGAAGUAUCCGACUGUAUGCAAACUCUUUUCCGAGGUAACUCUCUCGGCAGCAAAAUUAUGGCAUUCUGUUUCAAGAUCUAUGGUGCAAGCUAUCUGCAAGGUUUACUCGAGCCUCUCAUUCGGCCACUUCUGGAUGAUCCUGUCACCAGCUUCGAGGUAGAUCCGGCCCGGCUUGAAGCCACUGAGGACAUCGAAGUCAAUCGCAAGAGCCUGAUUGCACUUACCCAGAAGGUGUUUGACGCGAUCGUCAAUAGUGCCGAUCGCUUUCCACCGCAGCUCCGCUCGAUGUGCCAUUGCUUGUAUCAGGUGCUGAGCAAACGGUUCCCAAAUCUUCUUCAAAACAAUAUUGGAGCUGUCGGAACGGUGAUUUUUCUGAGGUUCAUCAAUCCUGCGAUCGUGUCUCCUCAGGAACUGGGCAUCGUUGGCAAGCAAGUUCCUACUCAGAUCAAACGGGGUUUGAUGUUGAUGUCCAAGAUUCUACAAAACAUCGCAAAUCACGUGGAAUUUUCCAAGGAGCAGCACAUGCUUUGCUUCAAUGAUUUCCUGCGAUCGCACUUUGAAACGGGACGAAGGUUCUUCAUUCAGAUCGCGUCGGACUGUGAAACCGUUGAUCAGACGUCACAUAGCAUGAGUUUCAUCUCGGACGCCAAUGUCCUUGCUCUGCACCGACUGUUGUGGUCGCAUCAGGAACGAAUUGGCGACUAUCUGUCGAGCAGUCGAGAUCACAAAGCUGUAGGAAGACGUCCGUUUGACAAAAUGGCAACGCUACUGGCAUACCUGGGACCUCCGGAACACAAACCGGUCGAUUCGCAUUUGCUGUUCUCGAGCUAUGCUCGCUGGAGUUCGAUCGAUAUGUCAUCGACAAACUUCGAGGAAAUUAUGGUUAAGCAUCAGAUGCACGAGAAGGAAGAGUUUAAGACACUGAAGUCGAUGAACAUCUUCUAUCAAGCGGGAACGAGCAAAGCCGGCAAUCCAGUGUUUUAUUACAUUGCUCGACGCUACAAGAUCGGCGAAACCAACGGCGAUCUUCUUAUUUACCACGUGAUAUUGACGUUGAAGCCUUUCUGUCACUCACCGUUCGAGGUAGUGAUCGACUUCACGCAUACGUGUUCGGACAAUCGCUUCCGAACGGAAUUCCUGCAGAAGUGGUUCUACGUCCUACCGGAAGUAGCGUAUGAAAAUCUGCACGCCGCCUACAUCUACAACUGCAACUCUUGGGUACGGGAGUACACAAAGUUCCACGAUCGCAUUCUCGCUCCGCUGAAAGGCUGUCGAAAGCUGAUUUUCCUCGAUUCUCCGGCCAAACUGAACGAUGUCAUUGAUCCAGAGCAGCAGAAACUGCCGGGAGCGACUCUCUCGCUGGAUGAAGAUCUCAAAGUUUUCAACAACGCUCUCAAGCUUAGCCAUAAAGAUACCAAAGUAGCCAUCAAGGUCGGACCCACCGCUCUUCAGAUCACAUCUGCCGAAAAGACGAAGGUGUUGGCGCACUCGGUUCUACUGAAUGACGUCUACUACGCCUCGGAGAUUGAGGAAGUAUGUUUGGUGGAUGAUAACCAAUUCACUUUAUCAAUCGCCAACGAAAGUUCUCAGCUGAGCUUUAUUCACAACGACUGCGACAACAUCGUUCAGGCGAUCAUUCACAUCCGCAAUCGAUGGGAGCUGAGCCAACCGGAUUCGGUGACCGUACAUCAGAAGAUUCGUCCGAAGGACGUUCCGGGAACGCUGUUGAACAUGGCUUUGCUCAAUCUUGGAUCAUCCGACCCGAAUCUCCGCACGGCAGCGUACAAUCAGCUUUGUGCGCUGACGGCAACAUUUGAUCUCAAAAUCGAAGGGCAACUGCUGGAAACGCAAGGCUUGUGUAUUCCUUCGAACAACACUAUCUUCAUCAAAUCGGUUAGCGAAACGUUGGCCACAAAUGAACCGCAUCUAACGCUGGAGUUCCUGGAAGAAUGUAUUCAAGGCUUCCAGCGAAGCACGAUCGAGUUGAAACAUUUGUGUUUGGAGUACAUGACUCCGUGGUUGGCCAACUUGGUACGGUUCUGCAAGCCUUCCGACGAAGGUAAACGCCAGAAGCAGGUGGCGCUGAUCCUGGAGAAGCUGAUCAAUCUCACCAUCGAGCAGAAGGAAAUGUAUCCUUCGAUUCAGGCUAAGAUUUGGGGAUCCAUUGGACAGAUUCCGGAGUUGAUCGAUAUGGUAUUGGACAAUUUCAUCCACAAGUCGGUAAGUUCUGGACUAGGAUCACCUCAGGUGGAGAUUAUGGCUGAUACGGCUGUAGCCUUGGCAUCGGCCAAUGUGCAGCUAGUAGCUAAAAAGGUCAUCGGAAGACUGUGCCGAGUUAUGGACAAAACGUGCCAUUCGCCAACGCAAUAUCUGGAGCAGCACAUGAUGUGGGAUGAUAUUGCCAUUCUAGCGCGCUACCUGCUUAUGUUGUCCUUCAACAAUUGUUUGGAUGUAGCGCGACAUCUGCCAUAUCUGUUCCACACGGUAACCUUCCUGGUAUGCACCGGUUCCUUGUCGAUGCGUGCAUCGACUCAUGGUCUAGUCAUCAACAUUAUACACUCACUAUGUACCUGUACCAAACCGUCCUUCUCGGAGGAAACUCAACGUGUCCUGCGGCUGUCGCUGGACGAAUUCUCCCUGCCAAAGUUCUACCUGCUGUUCGGUAUCAGCAAAGUCAAAUCCGCCGCCGUUACGGCCUUCCGCUCAUCCUGUCGACAUCCGAACGAUCGUUGGCUAGGCAACGAACGUGUUUCUCAAGCCCCACCUGCCGACCGGGAACGGCUCGCCCUGCCAUCGCUGGAAGUGAUCACUGACGCACUUCUGGAAAUCAUGGAAGCUUGCAUGCGGGACAUCCCGGAUUGUGAUUGGCUGCAAACGUGGACCUCGCUUGCCAAAAGCUUUGCCUUCUGCUACAAUCCAGCCCUCCAACCGAGAGCCCUAAUCGUGUUCGGGUGCAUCUCGAAGAGUAUCACCGAUCAGGACGUGAAGCAGCUGCUGCGCAUUCUGGUAAAGGCGCUCGAAUCGUUUACUGAUAUUAUCCUACUGGAAUCUCUAGUCAUGUGCCUGACGCGUUUGCAACCGCUGUUGAGGCCUGAAUCUCCCAUCCACCGAGCGCUGUUCUGGGUCGCGGUCAGCGUGCUGCAACUGGACGAAUCAACCCUCUACGCGGCCGGGUUGGCUUUGCUGGAACAGAAUCUACACACGCUCAACUCGCAGCAGCUGUUCGACAAGCAAAACAUUGCCGACGUCAUGAUGGCCACCCGGGAACCGCUGGAGUGGCACUUCAAGCAGCUCGAUCAUGCCGUUGGGCUGUCGUUCAAGUCAAACUUCCAUUUCGCACUGGUCGGGCAUCUGCUGAAGGGUUUCCGCCAUCCGACUCCAACGACGGUAUCCAGAACGUCCCGGGUGCUGACCAUGCUGCUGGGAAUCGUGGCCAAACCGCACCGGCGGGAUAAGUUCGAGGUGACGCCGGAUAGUGUGGCGUAUUUGACAGCCCUAGUUUGCUUCUCGGAGGAAGUUCGCUCCCGGUGCCACGUGAAGCACACCCUACCCCGUUGGCCAGUGGAAAUCGGCGGCGUUGGUGACAGUAGCGGCGGAGCGGAUCCAUUGGCGGCAAAUGCAACCGGGGGCAAUCAAGCCGGUGCCGGUGGUCAGAACGUUCGCAGGCAAAAGUCCUGGGAUAUGCUGGAUCAGUCGGCAAUCCAGUAUGCUCGACAAUCGCACAAGGUGCAACCACAUCAGGACCCGGCUAUCAAAGGAAAAUCCUGGCGAAGUCUAGACUUAACCCAUAAUCCGCAUCUGGGAAUGAUCAGUCAUUCCUCGUUUGUGUCACAUGCUUGUACUAAUAUCAAUACGGCCACUACCACAUUGUCCGCGUACAACACAACAAGUAUCACAAAUAACAACAACAACAACAACAGCAACACAAUCAAUGCAAGUAGUCAAAUCGGUGGUGGCGCCUACCAUCGGAGCGAUUUCCGCAAUCGUCGCUCCUCAUCGGAACCGGUUAGCCACCAGAUGGUUCUGACCAAUCCAAACAUUACCAAACUGCUGGCUCUCAAACAGGCUCACAUUUACUCAGGUACUAGUAUCUCUUCUGCCCCUCCUUCUGCUGCCAUUGGCACAAACUGUUAUACUAGUUUUACGGCAAACAUCACUACUACUAGUACUUCUACAACUGCUACUACUACUACUACAACUUCAACUAACUUAAACAACAAUGCUGCUAGUACCACCAUGAUCACGAAUACUACUACUACCACCACAAAUCAAACCAUCACAUGUACAAACUCCGCCACUACCAAUAGUACGCUGACAAUCAGUACCGCCCAUAGUAGCGCUAGUGGCGCCACUAACAGCACUAGCCCGGCGCAGUCGAUCGAAGAUGUUGAAAACGACGAUGAAGCGACUAACUUUAUCGUCGACUGUUUGCAAGACAUUUCAGCGAUCAAAUGUUCAAAAACAGCCCGUCUACUGUUCAAGACGCAACGGUCGUUCUCCGUUCCGACACCGAAGGAACGCCAGGACAAAACUGCCGGAAUUACCGAACGCCAGAAGGAGCGUGGAUCGCGAUCGUCAGUUUCGAACGAAUCGAACGUACUGCUUGAUCCGGAAGUUCUACCGGAUUCGUCAACGCAGGCUCUGGUCCUUACGGUGCUGGCAACACUGGUCAAAUAUGCUACCGAUGAGGCUGAGCUGCGAGUACUGUACCAGUAUCUAGCCGAGGGUUCGGUCGUCUUCCCCAAGGUGUUCCCCGUGAUUCACUCGCUGCUAGAUCAGAAGGUGAACAACGUACUAUCAGUAUCCAACGACCAGAUUGUACUGGCGUCGGUUCAGAGUAUCAUACAAAACAUGUUGGCAACGGAAGACGCUUCCCAGCAACCGCUGCACUUCUUGCAGAGUUGUGGCUUUGGAGGUUUGUGGCGAUUCGCCGGUCCAUUCACCAAGUACAAUAUGAUGGUCGAAUCGUCGGAACUGUUCGUUAAUUGCUUGGAAGCAAUGGUCGAAACGUGUCUCCCGGUGGAAGAGAAUACACCGAUGCCUCCAUCGCCGAGGCCAUACAAUCUGAGCUCCAGCCUGAGCAGCUUGACGCUGGGUUCACCGACGGACAAAGCCUUCUCGUCAGAAUCCCUAGAUCACGACGGCUUUAGCGGUAGUGUUAGUUCACUGCGCAGAGCUUCCUGCAGCAAAGUACGUAGUACAAAGCAUCGGUUUAUUGAUAGCCCAACUCAUAACAUUUAAACUGUGCAACAGAAAUUUACCAAUAUCAAGAGGAACAUAGGUAGCUAAUUAGAUGAAAACUCACACAUUGGUGUAUGUGGAUGCCACACUUACAUUGGCAUCAUUAGAUGCAAAAUCGAAAAAUGGAAAAAAAUUAAAAUCUGUAAGCUCACACACGAUGAAUGUUAUAUGUUAAAAUAAACAAAACAAAAAUCAAUGGUCAACAUUUUAAAAGAAAAAAAUUGCAGCAUCGAUGUGCAUUUAAUAGUGUUGAAUCAAGGCAAACUAACAGAAGAUAACACUAGCACAAGUUAAGAUUUUGAACAGAAAGAAAUGUUAUAUUUUUUUACUCACACACGCACACUGACAAACAUCACAGAUGAACCGUUCAGUAGGAAGAGGAACUUUAUAUUUUUUUUCUUUUGUCACUGCAAAAGUGCCAAUCUCUAUUGUUCACAGAUAAGUUGUGUUUUUAGACAAAUUCCUAACGGCAAGUUUACGGCAGCUCUGAGCUUUUGUUGGUUAUUGUAUUAUUUUACUUUCCUGUUGAACGAUUGAACACUUGUAUCCCGAAGAUAUAAUAUUUGGAGAACACCUACACAACCCUACGAACUAUUCUUAUAUAUAACCUUAAAAAUUGGUACAAGGAAACUGA